AUGGCGGAACGACUAGGUCCGAAGGACUUCAGAGCAUCCACACAUGACCAUGACCCUACCGGAACGGCAGCUCCAGGCCCUUCGAUCCAGAUACCGCCGCCAGGGCACACAGGCGGCGAGCCGUAUCAGACGGAAACUUUCUUUCCGGGCAACAGCUUGAAUCCGGAAGACCAACAGGGCCAGACAGCUAGAGCUGACCUACAGAUUGAGAUGAAUGCACCGUACACAUUGGAAUUUCCCCCUGACACGGGAUUUUUGGAUACUCUUUUCGAGAAUGGCACAGACAAGGGGCAAUGCUUGUGA